AAUCAGCAGGGACUAAGCUUGUUACGGUUCGCGCCAUUGCGCCGUUCGACCAAUCAGCGCGUGUCUGUGACGCGCGAAACGUCAGUGUUUUCCCGGGAGCAGGAAAUCACCACUUCGCGGCUUGAUUUCUCUAGCGUUUUCACUCGGCUCUCCAAAACUAACCAUGAUUUCAACAAACAUGUUUUAUGGAAAGAGGAAGGCGGUUGUGAUUGUUCCAGCCAACCCUGCCAUCAGCGAUGACGAAGAGGAUGAGGAAGAUGAUGUGGAGGUUCUCCAGUGAAUCCAAAAAGAAGGAACCUGUGAGCUGUCCUGCAGUCAUCAAAAGCUACAAUUCCAACAUGGGGGGGGUUGACAAGAGCGACAUGUUGGUGCACCUGUACCGCACCCCCAUGAAGUCCAAGAGGUGGUAUAUGCGUCUGUUUGCAUACACUAUUGAUCUGGCCAUCUCAAAUGCCUGGCUGAUGUACAGGCGGGACUGCAAGGAACUGAAACUGGACAGCCAGUCUCUGAAAAGCUUCCGGAUCGAGGUGUUCAAGCAUGCCUCUAACCAAAGGCUGUCUGUAGUUCGCUUAGGAAGAAGCUCUGACAGUCUGAGAGCUGCCUUUGAUGUUCCCAAGCCAGUCCGAGGACAUCGCUGCUCCAACCCCACUGAGGCUGUGCGUUUCGACCACUCCGUGUUCCACGUUCCUGUCUACACUCAUCGCCAAACAUGCAAGUACUGCAGCAGGAAAGACAACAUUGCAAGGUCCAAUGUUUUCUGCGGGGUUUGCAAGGUCCAUCUCUGCCUAAAUGCAACACGCAACUGCUUUGCUGAGUACCACAACCCUAAAUAA